AGUGCGAGUGAAAGGGCAAGAUAGGAGGAAUACACUAAAACUGCUGGAGAUGAGCGGCCUUUUUUUCCCGGGUUGCACGAUUAUGUGUCUGACCGCACCAUAAUUGCACGGUCAUUUUAACGGGGAAGAGAGAGAGAGAGAGAAAGAAAGAAAGAAAGAAAGAGAGAGAGAGAGAAUAUGAAUGUGUGCGAAUGAGAAAGAUGGAAGAAGGGGGAAUGAGAGAGGGAGCGAUAGCAAGUGCCAUAGUGGAAGAGGGAUAGAAAGAGAGAGAGGGUCGAUAGUGAAACGAAGCGAGAAGGAACGCGGUAGAGCGGAGAACUCUCUGUCUCUCCGUCAAAAUGUCGUUGAAAACGCCAACGCGGAUACAGUGAUCGUUGGCGCUCGCCUAACUCGGGGCACCUCGUCUCCCUUCGAGCCCUCGAACCUCUCUCUCUCUCUCUCUUUCUCUCACCCUUUCUACACGUCUCUCUCUCUCUUUCAAUCUCGUUCUCGACGACCAGAUUAUACCAGUUGUAGCGGGGAAAGAGAGAAGAUCGCGGGUGCAUCGAUUACUCGCACGGUCACCGGGUUUGUUUCCCCAUAUUUUUUUUCUCUUUUUUGUCCCCCGUCGUCCACGUCCACGUCCACGUCGCGUUUCGUCGAGGUGAGAGAAAGGUGAUCCCUCGCGAGGGACGAUCGAGAGGCGAAGUCGGGGAAUCGCGACUCCCCGACGCGGUGCCGUGCAUGCUCCAGACUUUUGUGGAUAGAAUCGUACAUUGAUAAGAGAGAAAAUGGUGUCGACUCGUCAAUCAAGCAACAUGGGAAACAGCAGUAGUAGUAGCUCAGUUAAUGAAGUCGGAGAAACGAGUUCAUUGAAAAAACAUCAUCCGGUAACAGCUGGCACAUCUCACAGUGGAUCCACUGUUGAGUCGCGCAAUCUGAAUCUUUUGGAUUUACCUGUUGAAAUUCUUGAGAAGAUUUUUGGCUAUUUAGGUUUCAAUAUGGUAGCACAUAUGCGUCUAGUUUGCCAUCAACUGGAUCAUAUUUGUGGAUCAAUCCUCAACUCUACGUUUCAAAAGCUGCAGGCUCAGAUGUUGAGUCGUUUCCAGACUAUCAAGUCGCAAAUGCCCAGACGUGAAUCUGCGCGACGAAAUCAUCCUUUAGCUUGCGAAUCAGAUAUCAUAGAAACUCUGCAUAUGCGGCUGACUUUGCUGCAAAUGAGUUUUGGCAAACAUAUUGAGCGCAAGCAUUGUUGCUUUUUUCCUGGUGAAAUUCUGGAUGAGGUUUAUCGCAUUCUUUAUUAUAUAAAAGUUACUCCGAAAUUGCAAAGACCUUACAAGGUUACAGAUGAACUGUUUGAUUUGAGCACUAUGGCUAUGGAAUAUUUCAAGGAACACAUUGAACCAACAUUACCGGAAAUACCUUAUUUCGGUGCCGAUUUCCUGGAUCUUGCAGGAACGUUCUCUUCUACUAGUAGUGUGAGUAAACCAUUUAUGUGCCUGGAUUCCGCACCUUUAACCGUCGGAAACGGAAAAACGGGCAAUACCGGCGAAGAAGAAGGAUCUUCAUCGCAUUGUUCAGAUGAUCCUGCUCUCUUGGAAUCCAGUGUAUCGCCGCCACAAUCGAAUAUGGUCCUGCGAAAACGAAUUCGCAAAAUUAAACAAGGCAUGAGAAGAUACAAUAGUCAGCUGACACUGAUGCGCAGGGAUUUGAAGAGUUGCAAAGCAAAAAUUGCGGAACAACAGAAACAGAUUGUAGAAUAUGCCACUCGACUGGACGAUAAUGACAAGAAGAAUGAGGAGACGUCGCGAAAAUUCAGCACGCUCCUACAGGAAUUGAACAAGUGCAAAACCGAGCUGCAGUAUUGGCGAUCCAAGUCACCAGCAAUACCAGUGUGCGUAGGUUGCGGUCAGUCAAUGCCAGUCCCUACGGAGGAUUUACAAGCUUUAGCCAAUCAGGGAGUGCUGCCAGAUGCAUUUGGUGAGGGACAUGAUUUCAUUCCUAUCGCGGAUGCACACAGUCCCACAGAAGUGGUACAGCAAUCCGUAGUUACGCAAUCUCCUCCGUCGACGCCGACGGAAGAGAUGGCGCCCCCAAAGGCUCCCGUGCCUUCGAUAUCCUUUAAACGGAGAUCCACCACAGAGGAAACAUCGAGCGAUUCCGCGAAAAAAUCACGUCGCACUGCCAAGUCUCGUCAGGCUAAGCGCUCAAAGAUAUAAAAUCGAUAAUACUGAUCAUGGUACAAAUAUUUGUUCAACCAAUCUCUAAUGGAUUUCCGGAGAGAUGGGGAACUUUCUACGAUAGUUUACGCGCGUUUCUUUAUGUCAGCAAGCCGAUGAUCUUAGAAGAGUACAAAAUUUCCUCACCGAACGUCCUGCAUAUUGCGCAACGAACCUCGUUUUAAAAAAAAUUUUAUCGCGUCAAUAUAAUGAUCAUCAGAUUUUUUUCACGGACAGAGAUGUUGCCGCCGAUGCAUGGCGUGCAUUUUAUAAAUAUUCUAAAGAAGCCUAGCCGAUCAUUUGCUUUGCUCAUAAAGUAACGUCUUAAUUAUACUUUCCCGAAUUUCUGUUAAAAUUCUUUGUAAUUAUUUCGCAAUUAUCGUACCGUCAUUGGUACGGUACACUCAAGAAUAGAAAGUUAAAAUCGAGUUUUAUCUUUGUCAUGCAUUUAACAGCAGUAUCAUGUGAUAAAACACAAUAUUAUCGUGGCGAUUCGAAAGACUCGCCUUCCAUUUUGCUCUUCGAUCAAAAAAGCGCAAUGGCUCUCAUCAUGUUUUUGGUGCAUCUUUAAUGAAACCAUGAAGACUAGAGACAGCAGAGUUCAAUUCAUAUGAAAGCGAUUUAUUUUGUGGUCGGAAAAAUGCUAUUUGGUGGCGCAGAUCUAAAGAAUACUACUUGACAACUUCGAUGAUUGUUCUUCGUAUUGAGAAAAUAAAUUAUAAAGAUUAUUAUGUCGCAGUAGUGUUGCAUAGAAUAUUGCAUAACUUUAUAACUUUAUGAUAUAUAAUGUAGAUGCAUUUGUAUAUAGUACAACUGGUGGUAAUAUUCUUCGUGUGAUACUCUUGUCUCUAAUUUUCAUGGCUAAAACAUAAUUUGAAUAUUGCACUUUUCUUUUUUUGAAUUAGAAUAAUAUAAAAACAGAAAAAAAAAAUUUAUGUAUACAUAUAAACAUAAAAAUUUAUAUAUAUAUGCAAAUUUUACGAAAGUUUGCUUUAUAAAAUGAAUUAUAAACAAAUAUUUUUAAAAAUCGGGAAUUUUGUUUCAAUUUUUGAAUUAUUCUCUGUAAUAUAAUAUAUAUAGCUUGGUGGUAAUAUCGCGUGUAUAAAAAUUUAAAUGAAACCACUAAUAAAUUUUAUUUCAAAAUAUUGAUUGAAAAGUAUUUGAGAGGACUGAUCUAUUAAAACUAAUUUGCAUAGGCACUUCAAAUAAUGCACCAAAAAUCAUAUCAAGUCGUUUUAAUUAUUUAAGCUUGCUCAAUUUAGAAAAUUUGUUUAUAAUCACAUAUAUGAUUAGAUGCCAUUAGUCUUAUUGUCCAGUUUUAUAAUUUAUGUUUAUUUAGAUUUUGGAUUAAUUCAAAUAGCUGGAUAAAAUCAAAAUGUUUUAUGAUAAAAGUUUUGUCCCAGCCUUAUGGCGCGAAAUAACCAGAAAAUAUCUGGCACAAAUUCAAGUCAUAACAAAAGAGCAAAAUGUUGAUGAAUACCUGGAAAGGUGGUAGUUUAUUUUUACGAAUUACACUGUCUUAUUAAAAGAAUUAUACGAAAGAUGGUGUACGCGCGCAUUGCAAUAUUAAUAGAACUAGCUAAUAAUUUAUAGGAAUGAUUCUACUUAGAUAAAAAAAAUAUUGGGUAUCAUACCAUUUUUUUAUAUUAUGUGAAAACAAUGAAGUCUUAUUAUUAAUAAAUUCGACGGAAAUUUCUUUGUAUGAAUACGAGUGUUGAUGAAAAUUUUAAAGUAACAGGCAUUCAGAUUCCUAAAUUAUAACAAUCAAGGAUAUUUGCAAUCGGAUUUUUCUGGAAGUCUGACAUGUUUACCAUGCACAAUUAUUAGUACAGUAGAAGCAAUUAAUGUCAAAUUUGCAUUGAUGACCCAAUUAAUCUCAAAACUGCAUAGUUAGAUAUUGUGAUUUUUUUCAUGAUUCUACUUAUUAAAAAGAAAAAAAAAAUGGAAAAUACGAAUAAGCGAAUGAUACUUUAUUAUAAAUAUAUAUAUAAAUACACACACACACACACACACACACACACACACACACACACAUACAUACACACAUAUAUAUAUAUAUAUAUAUAUACAUUUAUGUAUAUGUAUAUGUGAACGUAUGUAUAUAUUGAGUGGAAUUUGUAUGCUGAAGAAAGAGAUAAGAUGUGCAUACCCACACGGAACACACUUUAGUUUAAUGGAACAAUAAGAUGUAACGAUUAAUUAAUUAAUUGGGAAAUUAAUUAAUUAACGAUAAAAUAAUUAUUGAAAUAUAUAUGAAAAAGUAUAUAUAAAUAUAUACAUAUAUAUAUAUAUAUAUAUAUAUAUAUAUAUAUAUAUAUAUAUUUUUAUUGAUGUCAAAAAAAUUAGAAAAACAGAGAUAACACUUAGAGUGCGAGUCUAACAGGAGAAUACACGCGCAUAUGUGUGAGGUGAAUGUGUGUGAUAUAUAUAUAUAUAUAUAUAUAAAAUAACUAAAUUCAAACUCUACGAGAAUUUAUGAUGUGAUGCUUUAUCGAUUUAUAACCGCGAGAAAGUGACCUUUAUCCGAAAUAAAAAAAAAAAAGAAAACACGUGAGGCGUUUCUGGCUGCGAACGAGUAUGUGAACUUCACUUAUUAAUGUUACGUUGAAUAGCGCAUUACGGGGGCGGGCAUAGCCAAACCGCACGUGUCGGAAAUUUCGAAAUGCUUGUACAUUCACUCUGUAAAAUGUCGCGCGAAAUAUUUUUCGGACAUCCAGAGAUGAUAAAAUUUUCGGCAAAAAAAAACGAAACUCGCAUCGAUUCUGUUGCAUCAUUCGGGCCCGUAAGAAAA